AUGAUGUUAACAUCUCUUGCAUCGAAGGGUAAAUGUGAAGAGUAUAUGUUUGUGGUCACGUUAGAGCACGUUUUAGGUUUGAGACCAACCAUUUCAUUCUACCUAGAUUCUCAAAGGGAUGGAAUUUGGAAAGCUUACAUAUCUAAAGGACCUUUUCAACCACAAUUCUCGAAAUGUACUUCUGUAAAACAGCUACUUACUCUAAUCAAUCAACAUCCUACAGAUUAUCAAUGCAUUUAUCUUGAUUGUGCACUAAAAAAUGCUACGAUGACAUCUCCAAACAUUCAUAAGUACAUAUUAAGGGCCAUGAUUUCAUGUGUCCUAGAACAUAUUGUGAAGCAGAUCGGUGACAACUUUUUUUGUUUACUGAUUGAUGAUGCUCAAGAUGAAUCAACAAGGGAGCAAAUGUCUUUGAUUCUGAGGUCUGACAGAUUUUUGGAUAUGAUCCAUGUUGCUGAUACACGUUCAGAUCUUAGAACACAAUGUUAUAGCCGACACGGUCUUUUGUUAUCCCGUGUACGAGGACAAGUAUAUGAUGAAGCAUCAAAUAUGUGUGAGAAUAUUAACGGAUUGAAGACUAUCAUCCGAAGAGAAGUACCUUCAGUAUAUUAUGUUCAUUGUUUUGCACACCGACUUCAAUUUGCUUUGAUGUCAAUAGUUAAAAAUCACAUCAAAAUUUGCCGAUUCUUUGUUGAAUUGUCAUCAAUAUGUGUCACGAUAUGUGCUUCUUGUAAACGUGCGGAUUACUUUGACUUUGUUCUAAUGUUACACAUUAUGAAGUCGGUUUUAAGCAAGUCUGUAAUUCUUUCUAAAGCUUUAGAGCAUAAGAACCAAGACAUCCUCAACUUCAUAGACCUUGUUAUUGUUAGAAAGUAUGAAUUGCAAGAAAUGAGUUCAAAAGAAGGAUGGAAGACAAUAUAUGAAGCGAUUCAAUCUUUUUGUUUCACAAUAAACAACGUUGAAGCUUAUAUGGAAUCAAGUUAUUUGCUUAUGGUACGUCUUUGUCGCAAUGCUGACUAUAUAACCUACAAUCAUUAUUAUCGUGUGGAAAUCUUCUUCAACGUCGUAGAUUCACAGUUAAAGGAGCUUAUGACUUCACAAAAUGGGGAUGGGUACCUUGCUCAUGCUAUCAGUUUGUUUGUUGAAACAAAGUUAGCACAAGGAAUCACCACCGACAAUAUUAUCAAUAAAUUUCAUGUGCUGAGCACACGAGGUUUGCAGAUGGAUUAA